AUGCAAAGUGACUACUUCGUACGUUCUCUCCACUCCGCAGCCUCGGCUAGUUCCCUCUGGUUGGACCAGCCAUCGUGCCUCGGGCAGGGCGGCGACUCGGGGGACGGCGCGUCCAAGAAAAAUGGCGAGAGGAAGCGCGGCCGCCAGACGUACACCCGCUACCAGACGCUGGAGCUGGAGAAGGAGUUCCACUUCAACCGCUACCUGACGCGGCGGCGGCGCAUCGAGAUCGCGCACGCGCUCUGCCUCACCGAGCGCCAGAUCAAGAUCUGGUUCCAGAACCGCCGCAUGAAGUGGAAGAAAGAAAACAAAUCCAAGCCGGACGGCGGCCAGAACGGGGAAGGGAACGCGGGCUCGGACAUCACGCCUCAGACCUCUCCUCAGUGAAACCCCUUCGCCACACGCCCCUAAUUUAUAUAUAGUCAUUAUAUUUAAUAAAUAUAUAUAAUAAUAUGAACUUGAAUUUAAACAUGGGAGAAAAGUACUUUUGUGGAACCAAGUGAUUCUGUAUUCGCCUAGAGAGUUAAAUUAUUUAAAGGACAUUCAGAAAGAGAUGGAAGAAGAGGAAGAAGAAAGUUAAUGGAGUAGCGUGUAAUAAAAUGACAAAACUUUUAUGAGUGAUGAGAAGAAGUUAAAAUGAUACGAAUCUAAUAACCACAAAAACCUCCGAGCUUUUUAUCAAGAAUUAUUUUCUGAGAUUGGUUUUUCAAACACAAAGCAAGUAAAAAUGUUUUUUUUUUGUUCGUGCUCUCUCUUUUUAAACGUAAGUUCCGUUCCCAUGACAACACGCCUCCCGCAUCCUUUGGUUUCGUUUCUCCCCUGUUUACAGUUUCAUCCCGUUUUGCGUUCUCGUUUUGCAAGAAGACAUGAAAAUUAAGAAUACACAUCCUCAUCAUUAUUCUGCCGCAUGUGUGCGAAUUCCUCGCGUGCAAAGGUCAGUUCUGGUCACGGGCUGCACCCUGCAGCCCGCCGCGUCUUGUCAUUGGCUAGAUGAGGGCGCCAAGUCAUUGUUAAGUGUUGUUCUAAGCGUUCGUUGUGCUUCUUACGUCGCAAGACACGAACCUCAUUGUACGUGAGUGGCCGUAUACGUAAUCACCUACGCCUUGAACGACUCCAGAACAUUUCUGAAGUGAUUCAAGUAAAAAGUUCAAAAUGCACCUUCGUAACGCAUCCAUCCAAGAAACGAUACGAUGAACUGAUGUAGAAGUAAUUCACCUCCCUAUGUGCAACGUGCUGUUUUGUAGUAGUCUACGUCGCCGAUUUGGAGGUUCCUGUAGGAGCCCCCGCCUCUCCCCGAAAUUUCCAAGACGUCCGAGUGUCGAGAAGUCAAUAAUUCAGUGCAAGUGAAACCAAUUAUACGUAAUUCUCAAGUCAAUAAGUGUCAACAAAGUGGCCAAAAAAAUUAAAAAAGUGUUUGGUGUAAGGGAAAAGUUCUCGUCGACCUGCUCUUCAGUGUUCAGUGUGCCCUCAGUGAAAUUUCCCCCAGUCAGUGCAUCCGACCCCCAUCACGGUGUGCCCACCCCCAAUCGCCACCGUGUUGCCCACGCCCCGACAGUAUUACGUCUGCUCUUCGCCUCUGGAUCUACGCUGUUGCUUCCUGCUUCGUCGCCGUUUUUUCUUCAUCAUGCCUCUAUCUUCAUCUUCACCACCCACCCCCAGGGAGCCGCCGACGGGACGUCCCGCAAGGUCAGUUGUCGAUCAAAAUCCUUUUUUCUAAGAAUUUUUUGUGGAGGGAAAGAAAAACAUUCUUGAAGCAGUGUGAAAGUGAAAGAGUUCAGUGACUGUAUGAACACUAAAAGACAAGAAGCCAUGAACUCUAGAAAAGAUAAAUGUAAAAUGCAAACCAAUGCACGUAAAAUGGUAAGAGCUGCUGAGAAUGUUUUUGAACGGUGGUAGUUACCGGCUAGGGGACCGGUUAAGCAAUGCUUCGGAGAAUUGAGCUGUGCGCGAUUUGGGAGUGGCUACCAUACGUAAUUAUAACCAUUAUUGUAAUCGUCCAUCCAUCCGUUCACAGUUCAUCUCGUAGCAAGUCCGAACCGGUUCCUUCGUCCGACUGGCAGAAUUGACGUGGAGACUUUCUUCACGAGGUGAAUGUGUGAUCCUGAGGUUUGGUUGUGGGAGUGUGUCGUAGUUUGUGUGCUGCGAGAACGCCUUUGUGAGCGAAUUCUUCUUUUAAAUCAGGGGAAUAUUUAUUCUGAGGGGGAAGUCCUCAAAAGAUCAAAAAAUUUCACUUAGGAAGUAAAUUUUGUAUAAAAGAAUUCAGCUCGUAUAAGAAUAGAGGCACUGCAGACACAUCCACGCCCAAGUUUUAUUCUGAUGUGCAAUAGAGUAUUCUAAGGUUCUUUAAAUAUAAAAGCAAUUUUUUGAGUGUUCUGGCGAGAUGGACACCAAUUGGCGAAUGCCGAUGUGGUUCACGGGAAUGAAGGGUGUUCAAAAAAGUAUUCUUAAUUUUCAUGUGAACACUGUGCGUAGAUAUGAAGAAAUGUGAAAAAUGAGUAUAUUUUGAAAGGAUAGGGAGGGAAGUGAGAGUUGACAAAUGUAGUUCUAUUCGUUUCCCCGCGUUCAUACCAAAGUUCUUAUGAUAAAUUGUAAUGUUAUAGAUAAUUCUAGAGACGUUGUCUUGUUCCCUGCAUCACGCGCUGACGAUCUGGUGCGCAGUCCGUAGGAUAAUAACCUUUCCGGUGUUGUCAAAAUUUUCCUAAGUUCCUUUCGGUCAGAGAAACAAAACGAAUCUGUCCGUUUACAAUUCGAAGCUAACUUCGAAUACACAUUCUCCUUCUAUUUCUAAACACGUUUAGAAGAACAAAGUUGAAUGAAACAGAAUACGUAAUCUUUGAAACAAAUAUGCUAUUUUGUAUACCAAAUAAUUCUCACUAUUAUGAAAAAGGCUAGGCGUUUAUUUGAAAUACGUAAAAAGAUAUACAAAGUAAAGCUGCAUUGAAGAUAUAUUUAAAGAAUAUUAUUAAUGAAGGUAUUAUUAGGUAGAAAAGAUGUCUACUUUCUCCUGUAUAGAGAUUUUUGUGCGUUAUUGUAAGAUUUCAAAACAAUCGCAGGUGUUUUCGGAUACCUGUGCAAUCGAGAUACGUACGCUAUGGCCUCAAGCAUAAUUUUUUUAAGACAAAAAGAAAGCAACUUCAGAGUAAGCAACAGAAGUAUACGUAAUUGUAACUCAUGUGAUUAUCCUCUUUGACAGAAGCAAGAAUUAAUAAAGAACUAUUGGAUAGUACAUCUUUAUACACAAGGAGUAGCGUAGGAACUUUUUUUCCGUUUCAUGAUGCAACACUGUAAAAUGUGUAACAUAUAGAUGGAAGAAAUACUAGAGAUAUAAAUAUUUUGUGCUGUGUUAAUUCUUGUAACCAUUAUAUAUAUAAACUACAUAACAUUUUCGUAUCAUCGGGUUUUGCGUGUACCCUAGGUAUAUUUUUUUUAAAUUAUGAAAGAUAUCGAUUUUAGUUCGUUUAUACAAAUAUUUUGUAUUAUGUUCAAAUGUACAUUUAUAUACAGAAAAAUUAUUUUAAGAUAGAUGAAAAAACAAAUGCAUUGAAGGCAACCGAUAUACAAAUAUUUGUAAUAUAUAAUAAUUAUUUAAAUAUAAAUGGUGAAUUUUAUCGGUGAUCUUCAAACUAUUGUUUUUCGACAAAAUAUUAUUUAAAUUAAUUAUCCGUAGCAUUUCGUCUCGUCCUUGUAUAAAUAUUAACUUGUGUGUUGUCGCGUUUCGUAUGAUGAGUCUCAAUUAUUAUUAUUAUUAAUAUAAAUAAUGCAAGAAAAUAUACGUAAGAACUAUGAUAAAGUAAAAUUUUCGACCUCUUUUUCGUUCUUGCCCGCGCGUUCAUUGAAAAAAUGUCAAAUAAGAAAAAACAGUCGCUAGGCGUCAUUAUUUUGUCCAGUAACGUGCUAGACAAGAGUCCUGUUGUUUGUAGAUGAAACAAGUAUCAACCAUUGAAAAAGAGUCCUUUUUGUUUCGUAGUGUUAAAACUGAAAACAAAAAUGGAAUGAAGAAAUUUGAAAAAACAAAUAUAUACAGGUCUUGUACGUGUGUGGUUAUAAUUUUUUGUAGUAAUUGUACAAAAAUAUAAUAAUAAUAAAAAUUUGAAAAAUCAUCCAUUA